AUGGGGGAUCCGUGGUUCCACUACAGGGCCACAGAAUACCUGGCAGCCAAUGGCGCAGCCUCCUUCUUUCGAUGGUACGAUCGUCAAGUCUGGUACCCUUUGGGCCGGCCCGUGGGCACCACCAUCUACCCUGGGAUGCAGUUUGUCGCUGUUUGGAUCUGGCGUUUCCUGAACUUCCUGGGCCCGGCCUGGGAGAUGACACUGCAUGAUGUUUGCGUCUUCAUUCCUGCCUGGUUUGGCGUGGCCUCCACCGCGUUUUUGGGGCUGCUGACCUUCGAAUGCACCAGGUCCGUGGACGCAGCGAUCUGUGCCGCCUUCAUCGUCGCGAUCAUCCCCGCCAACCUCGUGCGCUCC